AAACAGCCGCGUGACGCCGACCACGAAGGGCGUCCAGAGGCGUCAUGGCGCCGGGUCUCACGCCGGUGUCUGUGCGCGGACCGGCUCUGCCCAGGGUCGCCAACCCCCUCAAAGCGGCGGGCAACCUGACCAUCAGCAGCACCGCGGGCAACCCCCCUCCCCCCGCGCCGGCCCGCUCGCAGGUUGCCAUGAUCAACCUGAGCAACCACCGUGAGGACUACCGCAACAAGAUCAUCGGAGCCGAGGAGACGCAGGGCGACUCGGGAGUGUGCGGCACCAUCCUGGUGGUGCUGUCCUGGGUGCUGGUGGUGCUCACCAUGCCCUUCUCGCUGUGCGUCUGCUUCAAGGUGGUUCAGGAGUACGAGAGAGCCGUCAUCUUCCGGCUCGGGCGGCUGUUGUCCGGGGGCGCCAAGGGACCAGGAAUUUUCUUUAUCUUGCCUUGCAUCGACUGCUAUGCUAGGGUGGAUCUCAGGACAAGGACAUAUGACGUGCCCCCACAGGAGGUGCUCACCAAGGACAGCGUGACGGUGUCGGUGGACGCCGUGGUGUACUACCGGGUGUCCAACGCCACCAUCUCGGUGGCCAACGUGGAGAACGCGCACCACUCGACGCGGCUGCUGGCGCAGACCACCCUCAGGAACAUCAUGGGCACCAAGCCGCUGCACGAGAUCCUCAGCGACCGAGACCUCAUCUCCAACACCAUGCAGGUGACUUUGGACGAAGCCACCGAGGCCUGGGGUAUUAAGGUGGAGCGAGUUGAAAUCAAGGACGUGCGCCUGCCCGUGCAACUGCAGAGAGCCAUGGCCGCCGAGGCGGAGGCAGCCAGGGAGGCCAGGGCGAAGGUGAUAGCCGCAGAGGGCGAGCAGAAGGCGUCGCGCGCCCUGAGGGAGGCCUCGGAGGUGAUAGGCGACUCUCCCGCCGCGCUGCAGCUGCGCUACCUGCAGACUCUCAAUACCAUCUCGGCUGAGAAGAACUCCACCAUCGUGUUCCCGCUGCCCAUCGACCUGCUCACCUACUUCGUGAAGGCCAAGGAGGCGUCUGACCGCAACAAGCUGGCCUAGAGGGCGCCGCCUGGUGCCGCCUGGCCGCCUGGCAGGCUGUCUCGCCGCCUGGCAGGCUUCACGCAGCCACAGCUGUCCGCACCUUCUCCCGCCUCGCGCGCGCACGCAAGCUUGUGUUGGUGUUUCUCUCACAGACCUCCAGCCUUCCCCAGAGGCGCACCUGUGUUUGGCGCGGCGGGACGAUAAGGGCGACGCCCGCUGCUGCUUCCAGCGCGUCGUCGCCUCUAAGCAGUCUUCUCGUCGUUUGCACAGAGGGCAAAAAUAUGGUUUCAGCGGUAACCCUCGACACUGCACGACGGAGAAACGAAGAUGAUAGGUGUAAUGAAAGUCCCAUUGCAUGCUUUCAAGAAUCUGUACCGGUUGUUUCAUACCCUAAACAAAUAUUCUGAAAACACGUGUUUUUAGCACUUUUCACUCUUAGUAUAAAGAUAACAAAAAAACACAGAAAGAGAAGUUCUCAUCGGCUCUCAGCCCAUUCUUAAACCCCACUCUGAUAUCUCGACCAGUUUUAUAGCCGCGUGGGUUGCUCUGAAUCUCUCCACACCAUGUGUGUUCCCGGGUAGGCAGGGCCCUCUUAAUGGAGAUCAAGAAAACAAGAAAACUCCAUUCUGCUAUUUUGAUUUUCAAAAAUAUGUUUUAUUUUAACUGUAUAUGCCCCUAAUUCACUGCCAAAUUGUAAAAUAUUCAUGGAUUUAUACCACUCAAUUUUCCAACAUAAAUCUGGCAGACUGUAAAUCUAUCGACACUUUUUUUUUAAACAUAGAUACACACGUGAAUAACCAUACAAUUGAAUAAACCUGUCCGACUGCUGCUAAAAAUAUUUCGUAAGGCAUACAUUUUGGUUUAGCAUAGACUGUUGCUUGCUUGCAUGGUCUGACACCCAUUUUGAGUGUUUAUUCUAAAGUUUUUUUAAAAUCAUUAACAUAUUUCUUAAGGGGGAUCAAUGCUAUUGUACGCUAAUUUACUGAACUCCCGUGAAAAUUUUUUAAGGGUAAAUAUUUAGCACUUUCUUACGCCCUAAGUGAAAACUUGAAUUAGAUUCCACGAAUAUGAAUAAUUUCUUGUCCUUAAACACCACAGGAGAAUUCUAUCAGGGUUGCUGUCACUGUAAAACAUGGUUGUUUUAUUUUGAUUCUGUACAUAAUUUCGAUGAUCUUAGUGUCUUAUCUUUGUAGAAAUAGUGAAUAAAUUAGCAACAUAUAUUAUUUGUAUCACGGUAUGCACACUUCACACAUUUUCGUAUUUGUUUCCGCUGGUGCUCAGUGGUUACGGCCGAGUAGAUAUAGCCACGCUGUGCCCUAUCCUACAACAUUUCUAACACUUGGUCUACUAUAGUUGUUAGUUGUGAUAGUUGUGUCUUGUAGCACCGUGACUUGUCGAUAUUCAUCUUGGCGAAACCCAGGUUGUGUAUAAGUGGUUGUUUAUGAAUAAGCAUAGCAAAAAGCUGGAUGGGUCCAGUUAAAUGUUUGUUUAACGAGUGUUCGUGUAUUCCUUCACAAUGUACCUCCAAUAUCAACACGCAUGUACCUAUGUGUGUGUAUGUGUGUGCACAACAAUUGUCUCUGAAGCACGCAUUUCAAAUUUGGUGUACUUGCCAAGAUAUAAGUAGAUUGAGUAUUUUUAUGAAGACAAUAUUUCAUAUCGUAAAAGGUUUUCAACAGUAAAGAAACACUGCUUUAAUUUUUAUUAUUUUAAUUUACAUGUGCUCCGAAAAAAAAUGUAUAUUUUGAACUAGUCAAGGGUUGCAAAUAAUGUGUAAGGUACUGUGAUUUUCAUAAAAUUCUUAUUUCAUAUAGGUAUACCACAAAUUAUAAUUUUCGAGAAAUAUCUGACUAUUCAGGGUAGCUUGCUGAGUCAGCUAAGUAAAAUCUAAGCAAAAAACUUUUCAGGUUAAUCAAUUGGAGGAACACUUUGGAGGUCGCAGUCUCUGAAGAUUUAAGUUACCUGACUAUGUAUUUGAAUAACAUUACGCAAACUCUUUGACAUUUUAAAAUGUAUACAGUUAUAACUGAAUUAAAGUUUUUGGUACUUUUUUGAAACAUAACUUCUAAGUCAUUAGGAUUUAUUUAUUGUUAAAAAAUUAAUGUGAUUUGAUAGUUGAUUAAUAAAUAUAGAUUUACGAAUAAAUAUUUUACAGGUAUAAGUUGCAUGAUACUAGUUAGACUUUAAUCUUUACGAUCUUGUCAUGGUGAAGAUUUUAUUUAGUUUUGAGUACUUUUCACUGCAAUUAACUUGGGAAAUUACCAAAAUAAUCUUGUAUAAUAAGACUACUCCAAUUUGUUUUGCGAACAUUAAAUACUUUUGGAGGGUGAUUAUUAAUAUGAGUUAAAUAAAUUUAAUUUAGAUGAUGAUAAUUUUACUAAUUAUAUACUAAGCAAGUGCACAGUAUCUUUGGUGCAGUGGAACUGAUUGUUCGUGUAACGAGGGAGGGGGAGGGGGUAUACAUCCCCCGAAACCCUAAAAAAAAAAAAAAAAAAUCUAUCAUUUACACCGUUAAAAGGAAAGAAUUUUUUUUUUAGCAAACAGCAGGCAAAGUGGUUUCUCUCUCUCUCUCUCCCCCCCCCCCCCUUCCCUUCACGAUAAAACAAAUUGGAGAUGUUUCUCAUAAAGAAUAAUUAGCAAUUUUUUAAACUCUCGGUGAUAGUUUUUACAAUGUUUUCAAUAAAGUUUAUUUUUGUUUUGAGGUGCUUUUAUAAUUGUUUUUCCUUAUUUAUGGAAACGUUUUCAUUUUUAACUGAUCAUAAAGAGCGGUUGUAUCUUUUAGUCAAGGCUUAUCUAAUUAUUUUGUCCUCCAAAUUAAUUUGUAUCUAAAAAAGAAAUUCUUAAAAAAAUUCUUGUUCUCAGAGGUAAAACACCUAUAAUUACUCACUGUUAUUUAAAUAAGUGUGUUGUAUGUAAAUAUAAAUGCGUUCUGUCGUUGAUUAAGACUAAAAUGUUGGUAUUGUAACAGGACCAGCAUUCAAAUAAAAAUAUGUAAAGCUUUUGUACUUGCACCUUUAGGCCGUGCCCGAAUUCAAGAACACAGUUAUGUACUUGCAAUCAUGCGUACUUCAUUUGCCCUUGCUGUGUACUUACUAGAGCACUUCGGUCGGAUAUCAUGUUUGGUCUCCAUAUUAGCCACCUAAACAGGUCAGCAUUCAAUAAAUAAAUUAUCAUCUGAAAAUAGAAACUAUUUACUUUAAAUUGCAAACACUGAAAGUUUCUACCUAUAGAUACAUUGUAAAUUACGAUCGGUGUAUAUUGCAUGUAUGUGUUGAAAUUUUUUUACAAACCUGAUAUUAAAAAAAUAAAUAUUUUUUUCAUAACAUACAUUACUCCUAGUAAAAUAUAAAGCUUAAAUUAUUUUAAGUCUCUUUCAAUUACUUAAAUAUGACCUACAAAAAGCUUUCCAAAAUUGUGACUUUUCUUUAAUCCUGGAAGUGCGUGGGCAGUACACGGAUUGGUCUACUUGUGGCAUUGAAACUGCACUUGCAUCUCGGACAACCUCCCUGGGACAAGUACGUACAAGUAAACACUUCAGGCGAAUUCGGACACUGCCCUGAUAAUCAAGCACAGAAACGUGUAAUAUAAGAUUCAUUUUAUGGUGAAAAUGUUUUUGAGUGUGGAUCAGUACAGCAUGGACUUCACAAAGAUGAUGAUGCAGAGUGUUGCAAUUGUCCAAAUUUAGGAUGCAUGUCCUGUGUGUGUAACAGUGUAACCAAUUGUAACGACUGCACGUUAAGUUCCAGAUGAAGCUGAGGAGGACAGAUGUAGCUCCAAAUAGCUUUUAUUUGUCAGUGUGAUGUUCUUUAGUUAUUAGCUUAGGAUUCUAAGUGACAUUAGUGCUCGUCAUGUGUGAUAAAGUUACCAUAAAAGAUAAAACCAUCAAUUAAAUAUUUUCUAUGUGUUAAAAUGCAACAUUUCCCACCUACUAUUGUACACGAAAUAAAUUUCAGUUUUACUGCUGAAAUAAGUUAAUUAAACAUGGUGCCUUAGAAGAGUAAAUAGGAGUAAAGUGAUUUCAUUGGGGUCAUAAAUAUAAGUUUUGGGUUCCAAUAUUUUUGGUACGGUACAGUUAAAUCAUUAUUAAUUAAGCUGAUGUUAAAAAUAUCUUAUGAAUGUACAAGUUUGUACUUUCUUUAGACUACACAUUAAACUGCUUGUAAAGUUUUCAAAGUCUGAUUUUCUGCAGUAAAAUACGAACUUUAUUUGUAUGCACUUUGCUCAAUGUUAAAAUUAUUUGUAAAAUUUCAUGUGUGUUACUACAUAAUUCAUAAAUGACAUGUGUCAAGUAUCAUUCACAGUAUUUAUAUUUUUAUAAGAUAAAUAAUAGUUACUUAGUAUUUUGAAACAUGAUAUUUGUACUUGUGUGAUAAGUUACCAUAAUAUAUUAAACUAAAAUACUAUUUAUAGCUAUUUUAUUUUAUUUUAAAGUAAAAAUUGCUACAGUAUUUAUCUUUAUUUAAAAUUGUAAAAAAAGUACUCUGUGAUUACAUUUUAUAUUAAAAAUCAUUCAGCAAUUUUUUAUUUUGAUGUUCAUUAAGUUUCAUUACAUAUUACCAAUUACAAGUUUAAUUACAGAUUAUUGUUUGUUUUUAGUGUUUACUGCAUGUUGUUAAAGAACUAAAUAUAACUACAUAUUAGUUGUUCGUUUGGUAAAUUUAUUACAUCUGUAGGAUACAAAUAAUCCUAAUUGUGUUAUACCAGUACUUAUUAUUCCAUUUUUUAAAAAUUUAUUAACAUUACAAACAUAUAAGCCAAUAAACAUUUAUGUUUAAUAUGUUUAAUCUUAACUUUGACCUGAAAAUAUUCGCAGAAAUAUUGACUAAAUAAUAAGUUAGUACAAAAUUAUAAGAACUGGUAGAAAAUAUGUUUGUUGUAAGUAAAUUGCACAAUUAAGAAAAACAAUGCACACAAUCAUAGAUGUAACAGUUUUGAUUUGUAUGUGUUAUAGUGUUAAUGCCUCAACGGCCUGAAAACUAAACCACUUCACAAAACUAUGAAUAUGUAAGUUAAAUAUUCUGCAUUUGAUUGGAGUUCCUACCUGUAUUGUUUGCAUCAACAAAAUAGUGUUUUUUUUUCACUAUAAGCUCAUCAAUACACUUCUGAAACAUACUUUGAGACUGUAUUAUAUUUCAAAUUAUAUCAUUUUAAUUUUAAAAAGAUUUAAUGUGACGCUGGAUUUAUUAAAUGAAUCAAUGCAAGCUUUUUGAUCUACUUAAAUAAUGAAAAUAAUAAUCUAUAACAGUCAAAUUUUUCUGACAUGUGUUAAUAUUGCACUGUUUCAAAGCUAUUUUUCAGUCUCUACAGGAGUAAACGAGAGAGUGACUGACAUAAUGUAAUUAUUGCAAAUCGGACACUUUCUCAGCCCCAGACUUUUGAAUCUAGGGAUUAUCUUACAGCUUCAGUGAGGUUGAUAGUUUUGUACGCUAAGAAUUACUAAAAAAAUGUAAAUAUAAUUGUGGCACAAA